UAAAUUACGUGAUUAUAAAAUUUUUACAAGCAUAUAUAACUGUAGUAACCAGUAAGAAUGCAGUCGAGUUGCCAUUACAAGCGGGGCUAAAACCUAGAAACAAACUACAGGUUGCUUGCUAAACCCAAAACGACGCCGCUGAAGCCACCCAGUUGAAUUCGAAAUGGCUGCUUCUAAAUUGUUUCGUGCUGGUCGUUCAUUGUUGGGGGGCCUCAACAGCAAUUCUCUUGGUUUACUGAGGAUGUCGCAGGAGACAACCUGUUUUGAUUCAUUAUCUCAGCAAACAAGGACAUUCAUACAGAUGGGUACCAAACUCAAAGUUGCCGAUAAUUCCGGGGCAAAGCUAGUAAAGUGCAUACAAGCAUUGAAGGGUAAGAAAGGGGCAAGGUUGGGGGAUAUGAUAGUUGCAUCUGUAAAGGAAGCAGCACCCGGUGGCACCGUGAAGAAGGGAGCUGUCGUUUAUGCUGUUGUAGUCCGUGCUGCUAUGCCACGAGGACGUUGUGAUGGAAGCGAGGUUAAAUUUGAUGACAAUGCUUGUGUCCUUGUCAACAAGGAAGGGGAGCCAAUUGGAAAGAGGGUUCAUGGGCCUGUACCACAUGAGCUGAGGAAGAAAAAGCAUAUCAAAAUUUUGAGUCUGGCGCAGCAUAUUGCUUGAGGAUUGCAAGGGCUUCCUAAUGUGCGUCCCGCAGCAGGAUCGAAAUGUCUCUCCUUGAUCUCUCACCGUAUCUAAGAAAUGGGCAAAGAAGCUCCGAUGACGCGAUGUUAUGAUUGCAGACUGCACAUAAACCGAGGCUGCAUGCUUCACCAGCUCAUUUCUGAUUGAUAUGGUGGAAGCAUCAAAUGCAUUAGAUUCUAUAGAUGAUGUUUUUGUUGGCGGUGAAUGUAUAACGUCUCUAAGGCUUGUGUAGCCUUGACAGUCAAUGUCCGGAUCAUUUUCUCUGUUUAUUGAAGAAUCGUUGGUGCAGCGGAGUUUAAAUGAGUCGCUCCUAAGAUUGAAUGAUCGUAAAAGCUUCAGUUUUUCAUGAUCUGCAUCCAUAUUCCUAAGUCCAUAUAUAAGAUGUUGUUAAGAAAUUUAAAGCCACUCUAGGGUUGUGCAUGCACCAAUAUAUAUACAGUUUCUUGAUGUUGUGAUAUGGAAGUUGUUAUAGUUGGAUUAUUUAUCUUAAUGCAAAGGUCGUAAAGGGAUGAAAUUAACAGCUGUGUCUUUUUGUUAGUUUGGGCCUCUUUUAAUAGAUCUAUGAA